CUAAUGCAUUUCAAUGCUGUAAACAAGUCAUUUCACAAGCACUGAGCCAACGCGAGUUGGCAGAGUUUUUCGCUCCGUCCCCAAACGUACGAAUAACACCCAGUCGACUUUUGACUGUCGCACUGCCAGCUAAUAAUUCGUGGCAUUCUCCUUUGAACUUUGUAAUUUUCACAAAAAUGUCGACUGGUCGCAUGUCCGAUGAGCAAUUCGAAAAAUUACUCGCAACAAUACGCGCAUUAGGUCCACAACACACCGAGCAGCAACAAAAACAACCGAUUGGCAAAUCUAAGAGUAGUUUUAGCAAUUGCAGUGUCAGUUUUUAUGGCCAGCGGGACAAUGAUGCCGUCGAAGAGUUUAUCAACGCAAUUGAGACAUACAAGGAUAUGGAAGAUAUCAGCGAUCAAGAUGCACUGAAAGGUUUGCCACUUCUCUUUCAUGGCAUUGCGUCAACAUGGUGGAAGGGUGUGCGUCGUGAUGCCAAGUCGUGGCAAGAUGCUCUGACACUGCUACGUGAUCACUUUUCGCCUACGAAGCCACCUUAUCAAAUAUACGUGGAAAUUUUUGAGUCAAAACAAUCAGGCAACACACCGAUUGACACUUUUGUGUGCCAGAAGCGCGCUCUGAUAGCCAAACUGCCGGAGGGUCGGCACGAUGUGGAAACUGAACUGGAUUUUGUUUACGGUCUAUUGGACUCUAAAUAUCAGCAGCAAAUACCCCGGCAUACGGUCAAAACAUAUCGGGAACUGCUGGAGAAAGGACGAAACGUGGAGCGACACAGCAGGAGACAGUGAAGCGGAACGUGCAGAGUGUGGGUCCCCUAGUGCUAGUUGUGUUCAUUUGUGUUAUUACAAUAAUAUAAGUGUACAUACAUACAUACAUAUAAAGGAUAUAUAAUAUGUAUGUACAUAUGGAUGUGUGUGUUUAUAUGCGUGCACACAAAUCUGUGUAGAUUUGUAAGUUUCUAUUCCUAAGUGUAAUAAGUUGUUUAUUGAAUAAACAAAUAAUAAAAAAUUGAAUUGGGGCAUCCCCAAAUGUUGAAACUGUUCGUUUGUAAUUGUAGCUGAAAAAUAAAUAAAUAAUUGUGAAAGCUAUCACCGUCCAUAAUACAGAGAACGUUAAUGAUUCAUACGAGUAUAUCACCGAAGAGCGCCGCUCAUCGUAAACGCUCGCGUUUCUUUUUGCUGCACCUAAUUCGCUUUGAUUCCACCUUUUUUUGUUUUUUAUUUUCAAUGCUCACUGAGUAUGGUUCCUGAUCUUCUCUCUGUAUAUGUAUGUAUGUAUGUGUGCACUUGUACGUAUGUUGGGCGCUCAAAAAGGUAUGGAGCAAAGCAAAAACCACAUUGCCUUAAAUUCGAAAAUUAGAUAAAUAUCAUAAUUUUUUGGACUUUGUUCCUAGCAUUUGCCGAUUCUAUGUAUGUAUAUAAAAUUAUUAUAUGAAAAAGUCCAUUAGAGCCAUAUUUGUAAUACUUUUAUAUUGGCAGGAGAAAAGCACUCACAUGAAUUCACCCUUGAAUGUAUUUAUUUAUUUAUUGAUGUCUAAAAAAAUUCAGAACAUAAAUUGUUAAAAAUAUAUACGAGACAAAAAUUGACUUUUAACAAAAUGAAUAAUUAUGAGACUAAAAUAACAAGAA